UCUGCCUGGCGGCGCUCUUUAUAAGCGGCCAGUGGCCGCCGCCGCGGCUGCGCGCUGCCGCUGACCUUCAGUGUGCCGAGACCAGCACCAUGGCGCCCUCCAGGAAGUUCUUCGUCGGGGGCAACUGGAAGAUGAACGGGAGGAAGAACAACCUGGGGGAGCUCAUCUGCACCCUGAACAAGGCCAAGGUGCCGGCCGACACCGAGGUGGUGUGCGCGCCCCCGGCCGCCUACAUCGACUUUGCCAGGCAGAAGCUGGAUCCCAAGAUCGCGGUGGCAGCGCAGAACUGCUACAAAGUGACCAAUGGAGCCUUCACUGGGGAGAUCAGCCCUGGCAUGAUCAAGGACUGCGGUGCCACGUGGGUGGUCCUCGGACACUCAGAGAGGAGACACGUCUUUGGGGAGUCGGAUGAGCUCAUCGGGCAGAAGGUGGCCCACGCCCUGGCCGAGGGGCUCGGGGUGAUCGCCUGCAUCGGGGAGAAGCUCGACGAGAGGGAAGCGGGCAUCACCGAGAAGGUCGUUUUUGAGCAGACCAAGGCCAUCGCAGAUAACGUCAAGGACUGGGGCAAGGUUGUCCUGGCCUAUGAGCCUGUGUGGGCCAUCGGGACCGGCAAGACGGCCACACCUCAACAGGCCCAGGAAGUCCACGAAAAGCUCCGGGGUUGGCUCAAGUCAAAUGUGUCUGAUGCAGUGGCCCAGAGUACCCGCAUCAUCUACGGAGGUUCUGUGACUGGGGCCAACUGCAAGGAGCUGGCGGGCCAGCCUGAUGUGGACGGUUUCCUGGUGGGCGGUGCCUCCCUCAAGCCCGAAUUCGUAGAUAUCAUCAAUGCCAAGCAAUAAGCCCCAUCCCUCCCCCGGCAUCCUGCUAAGCCCGGGACCGUGUCGCUCAGAAGUCCAGUCAUUGUGGCGCCCCUCCCCUGCUUCUGAUGGCCUCACUCGCCCGUCUGUGGCCGACUCCCGACACCACCUUCCUUUAACUGUUUACACACCUUCCCCCGGAUGGUUGGGACCAGGCCGAGCCCUUCUCCACUUCCUGUAGUGGCUUAGAACCAAACACGUCCCCAAGAUGGCAUCUCCUUGGCUGGGCGGUGGAAGGGAGCGAGUGUGCUUGGGGUCGGGGGGUCCCCGCUGUCCCCACUGAGGGGCCACAGAGAGAAGCCUUCAUCCUCUUCUCCCAUCUCACACCGCGAGGCCAGGGGCUGAGAACCACCCUGUCCCCCCAGAGGUGGGGAACGCUGCUGGCCUGAGUUGCCAACGCCUGUGUGUGUCGUGUCCGUGAGCUGUCCCGCCUGCAGGGAGAAUAAACAUCUGGCACCCAG